GAGAGGAGACGGGUGCGGCAGCGGCAGCGGCAGCGCUCCCCAACACCAACACGCCGCGAAAUAAGAGCCGCGGAGAACCUCUUCCCUCCGUCCUCCUCCCCCUCCCCUUGCCAUCCGCCGCCCAUGGCGUCCGCCCCCGCCCCCGCCCCAGCCGUGGUGGUGGUGUUCGACUUCGACCGGACCAUCAUCGACUGGGACAGCGACGACUGGGUCAUCACCAAGCUCGGCGCCGCCGACGCCUUCCGGCGCCUGCGCCCAACCAUGCGCUGGAACCCACUCAUGGUAACGUUCAUGCCCACGACACGUCUCCUCUCCUCGUCCGGUAACCUCCCUCCAGGCUCCAGUCCAGGGGGGGGGGAAGUGGAAGACGUGCGCCGAGUCGAUUCCGCCAUUUCGGUUUGUCUUUUGUUCCAGGACAGGAUGAUGGCGGAGCUGCACGCCAGGGGGAAGACGCCAGAGGACAUCCGCGACUGCCUCAGGAGCGCGCCGCUCGACGCGCACGUCGUGUCCGCGGUCAAGACGGCGGCGGCGGCGCUCGGGUGUGACCUCAAGGUGGUGAGCGACGCCAACACCUUCUUCAUCGAGACCGUCCUGGCGCACCACGGCGUGCUCGGCUGCUUCUCCGAGAUCGUCACCAACCCGGCGACCGUCGACGCCGACGGCAGGCUUAGGAUCUCGCCGUUCCACGACUCCGCCGCCGCGCCGCACGGCUGCAGCCUCUGCCCUGACAACAUGUGCAAGGGCAAGAUAAUCGAGAGGAUCCAAGCAACAGCCAGUGACAAGAAGCAGCACUUCAUCUACAUCGGUGACGGCAAGGGAGAUUACUGCCCAUCCCUCAAGCUGGGGGAAGGGGACUAUGUCAUGCCAAAGGAGAACUACCCCCUUUGGAAUCUCAUCUGCAACAACAAGCAGCUUCUCAAGGCUGAGGUUCACCCGUGGAAUAGCGGCGAGGAACUGGAAAAGACACUACUGAAGUUGGUCAGCAAAAUGAUCGCCGCACCUGCACAAGCUUCCCAGUUUGACUACAGCAAAUGCGAGAUGAGCAACCCAGCAAUCCAGCAUCCAGCCCUCCGUGUGCCACACUGAUUACUGAUCAACUCUUAGUUCGCAAGUACAGGCUUGAUUGCCUGGUAAUUUUUAUAUGCCUCGAUUGAUAAGAGUCCCCAUUCUGCAUUCAGCAUGAUAUGUCCUCAGUCUGUGUUCAGAGCGCCACAAUUUAGAGAUGAGUGUCUAUGCUUUGUACUAUGUCAUUCAAUAAACUGUAGCAUGGCAUGGAAGAACAUGAAUUGUGAAUUAAUUGAUGCCAAAGUGGGAAACUAUAGUCUCUAA